AUGGUUUAUAAUGCUCUUGAUAUAGCUCAUCAAUUCAUUCAAAAGUCAUUGCCAAAGCCUCGCUCUGAGUCGUCUUCUCCUAAACAAUAUUUAAUUACGAAUUCAUUUCAAUCGUCUCGAUUCAUUCCACUCAUGGCUCGACCAUUCGAAGUCAUCAAUAUUACAGGUGAAACCACCGACAACACCAAGGAUGAUGAAUUUAUUCAUCUGGAUCACACAUCAUUUCAUCAUAUCUCAUUGAAAAAAUUAUGA